GAUUGAGAGUGGCCCACUCUUGGAUGCACACUCCCUUGCAUGCUGGAGUGCGCCCAUCAUGCAAACUGUGCUUCUAUUGUGGCUCCCUCUCACAUUUCAGAAGUCUUUCUUUGUGAGUGGUGCAGAAUCAGUGGUGUGACACGCUGUCUGCAUUGUACUAUGUACACCCAACAAUUCUAACAAUUCCUUAAGGUGCUGAGCAUUCUACAACGCAGAAGUGGACAAUCUCCAAAGCAUCCUCUUCAGGUCUCAAUGAGUCUGAUUGUCCCCAUCUGGUGUGUGUGCAUGUCCCAUCGAGGGUGAGAUCUGCACCAUGAACACAUCACAGUGGACCCUGGCACUUACAGUUAUAUGUCUCAUCCAGGGGUCUGUCUGCCAGUGGUCUGUCUGGGUCGAUGAUACCGUUCAAGCUUGGGAAGGGGAGUCUGUGACAUUGAACUGUUCCUUUCAGUACCCUGAUCCGAUUCGAGACCCGUCCACUGUAACCGCUAGGUGGCUGAAGAACUCUCCCUUCCCCAAUAACCAUCAGGCUGCCGAAAUAUACAACAGCAGGAACCUGGAAAUCGUCUCUCCUGACGUGCAGCUGAUCGGAGAUCUGAACGAGAGGAACUGCUCGCUCCAGAUCGAGAACAUCCACAAAGCGGACACCGGGAUUUACUACUUCCGAUUUGAACUGGGCCAGGGCAACAACUGGUCAGGAGAAAAUGGGAUCAAUGUCCAAGUAUAUGGUCGCCCUUCAAAGCCGGAUAUACGUGUCCCAUCAGAAAUAAUUGAAGGAGAUGAAAUGGUUUCUGUGACCUGUUCCACCACAAACAUUGACCAAAGAGGGAGAGCUACUCUGAGCUGGGAUGGAAUCUCUGAUCUGACGGAUUGGGUGCCCAGAACUGAAGAACAAUGGGCUGGAUACUCCUGGUCACUGACCAGUAAUUUUGCAUUCAUCCCAUCCUACCAGCACCACAACAGGGUCAUCAAAUGUAUGGUCAAUUACAUACCAUACCCAUACUCAGAUGAAGCUGACUUAACAUUACAAAUAAGAUACCCUCCGAAAAACACAGUCCUUCUCGUGAAUGCAUCACAGGAAGAAAUAAAAGAAGGCAACUGUGUGACACUUGUAUGUGUCGGCAACAGCUUCCCUGAAGCUAACUAUACCUGGUACAAGAAAGACCGAUUCACAAACAGAACUGAGGUUCUAAGUACUGUAAGCAGCAAUAUAUUAUUCCAAAAGAUAUCAAGGAAGAACUCCGGAUUCUACAACUGCAUGGCCACAAAUUAUUUGGGAAGCAGUUUGUCUUCAGAAAUUGAAAUUGAUGUGCAAUAUAAGCCUGACAAGGUAACAAUCAGCCAGGAAGUUCUAUACAAGUGCAUUGCUGAGGCCAGUCCUCCUGCAGUCAUUACAUGGAAGAUCAGUGAUGAAAGUAUAAACCUCACUGAUCCCAGGGUCAGUAUAAAGUCAGAAUUCAAUGGCACUCAUUCAGUUAGUACACUGAGGCUGGAAACAACAGCAAGCUUUUGUGUUUCGUGCCUAGCUCAGAAUAAACACGGAGUGUCGGUGACGGAGAGGUGCCCACCUGGUUCAUUCACCAAGACAUUGCUGCUGGCUGUUGGGGUCAUUGCCAGUGGAGUGGUUGUCAUCAUCAUUUUCGUCAUUGUUGCUUGGAGGAAAAAGAAGGAAGUGAUCGGAGGGCAAGAGUUGGAAAGCGAUUCCCAACCUGUGAUCUACACUGAAGUGCAGACACCAAAAAAGACCCAGGCAACUCAAUCUGAGACCACUGGCAGGCGAGAAAAUGAAUUUGCCUACGCCAACUUGCAGCAUGAAUCAAUUGGCCAGAGGCAAGCGAAAGCUCAGAGCGACAAAGUGGAGAUCUUAGGAGCUGUGUGAAAGAAUGCAGACAUAACGCUGCAAUCAGUUCAUUAACAAGGAUGACAAGGAAUCGGCAAAACUGUAAAUGACACUGAAAAAAAUUAAGUCUGGUAUUUUUUACGGGUAACGCAAUUUGGAAAUGAACCCUAACCAUAUUUUUUGUGCAAUGGAAGUAAAAUAGUUACAGGCUGUUAAAUGUAUCAAGUCUCAAACCCCUUAUGUGUUAUGUCCACUCCUGUAAUUUACUUCUUAUCAUACUUUGUCACACAUUCUUUCAACCCACUUUCUCCCGUUGUGCCUUUUUCUCCCAUCCUACCUUUCCCCUUCGCGCUUUCCCUGUCAUGUGCUGCAUGAAGACUCACUCUUCACUUAGCAUGCCAAAUUCUUCCUCUCAUUUUUAAUUGUGUAUAUUCGAAGCAAUACCUGCUCUAACUCACUGUGAGCAAAGCCACAAAGUAUAUCACAUGAAAGACACAAAUAUAUUUUAUUGUAAGCUGGAGCAUUGAAAAUUCUCGGAGACCUAUAGUUAUUUUAGAUUUCAACCGAUCUCCCCCAGUUUUGUAAAUUAUCGUUUCGAACAAAAAGAAUUAAAAUAUACAAAAUCUGUCUGGCCAAAUAUUUCAGUGAGACAUAAGUCUAAUGCAAGUAUAGCCUUCAUAGAGAGAUA